CUUAUCCGGCAACCAGAACACGAGCCAGAGCUGCUCAAGAAACUCCCUAUGACCGAAACGAGGAUGAUAUAGAAAAGAAAAAGGAUGAUGUUGAAUUAAUACAACAGUUAACAAAUCAACGAAAGGAUAAUAAAAUAUGCUGA